CACUGACUGGCAUUGAUAGGUGGCACUGACUGGCACUGAUAGGUGACACUGAAAGGCAGCUCAGAUGGGCACUGAUAUGUGGCAUUGAUGUGCACUGGUAGGCACUGAUAUGUGGCAUUGAUGAGGCACAGAUGGGCACUGGCAGGCGGCAUUGAUGGGCACUGACAGUUGGCACUGAUGGACACUGACAGGUGGCACUGCUGGGGCUACACUGAACAUCAGGGCACACUGAUUAUCACUGUCAGCGUGACAUCUUGUGAAGAAAAAAAUGCCGAUAACCGGCAUUUCCCUAUUUACAUGCGAUCAGCUGUAAUUGGACACAGCUGAUCACAUGACCGAGCUGACAUCUUUGGCUCUUUCCGUUGAUCGGUGAU